CGCACGAGCCCAAAAGAAGAAAUCAUUCGUUCUUCGCCCUCCGUCACGUUCCAUAACGACCUCUACUUCACAGCCGGCAUGACGGUGGACAGCGCCACAGGCUCACAGGUUUCGAGGCCGCAGGGCGACGUGUCACCUAAAGCCACCGGUGACGCCCUCGGCUCCACGCUGACGUCACCAUGGUCACCUGACGAAAAGGGCGACGGCCAGGACGCGUACGACAGCAGUGACCUCGGAGAGGCCAGCACAGCAAGGAUUCUAUGCUGCCGGUACGGUCUGUUCGUGUCGGUCAUGAGUCUGCUCAUGGUGGCCGUGGGCUACGGCUCGCCGGCCAUGGUGCGCGCGUUCGCACUGAGCUGCACGGACCCCGGAUGCCUGGAGCCCAGCGCGGCACUCGAGCGCUCGAUAGCCGACGCCCAGGAAAACCCUUGCGACGACUUCUACGGGUUCGUCUGUGGAGGAUGGCAGAGGGAAAACCCGGGGGUCUCCAGCCACUUCCAGAGUCUGCAGCAGCGUGUCGCCACCGCGGCGAUCAUGAGCCUCGUGCUGGACGAAGCCGAGGGUGACCUCCCGUCGCACCAGGUGGCGCGCCUCUUCCAGCGCUGCGCCCAGGUAGCCUUCAACGAGCAGAACAGGAUUGACGAGCUGCGCGCCUUCCUCGACCGCUUCAACCUGAGCUGGCCUAAGCCGAUGUCGAGGUCCAAGCUCGACACCCUCGACGUCAUGGUGUCGCUGUCCCUAGAUUGGGGAGUGCCGGUGUUCUUCCACUUGAGCGUAGACCGGUACUUCAAGCGUCCUGGGUACCGCACUCUACACUUCGCCGGCAACCCGUACAUGCUCGAGUGGUUCAUGGCACGCAAUGCGCUCCAGGAGAGGGGCAUCCUUCUCGCUUACUUCGACCGCUUUUCGGUCAUCCUGAACGGCACAAGCGCGUCAAAAAGCACCGUGGAAGAGGUUCUCCAACUGGACAACCACGUGCUCAUGACAAUGGUGCCAUCUCUGGUGGAUCCGCGACCUGACACCGACCUAGUGUACAUCGUUAUGGAGCAGCUGGACUAUAUCACAGGGCCUUACCUGUCGACUGAUGAGUGGCUGCUAGUCCUAAACAGGCAUUUGCCCGUGGAGCUGGGUACCCGCGACGAGAUUUUUGUCAUGAACCGGCGGCUGCUGCGCCUCUUGGGUCUCCUCGUCGGCAACGUGGAGGACACCAGGAGUCUGCUUGCCUACGUCACCUGGCACGUGGCGCGGCACCUCGCGAGCGUGACGUCGUAUCCGCUGUCACGCGCCCAGUUCGCCGACGUGCCCGGCGCCGACGCGUCCACGCUAGGUUACAUGAUGGGCCGCUGCUACAUGGACGCCGACGCGGCGAUGCCGUUCGCAUUCGUGCACGUCUUCAACCGGCGCUGGCUGCCCGCAGAUUCCGUUCGCGACGCGAGGGGCGUACUGAACAGCAUCCGGGCCGUGGCCAACUUGACCAUGGCCUCGCUGUCCUGGAUGGACGCCGAGACGAAGCGCGGCGCGCUCGACAAGUUGGCCACCCUGAGCGCCAUCGUGGGCAGCCUGGAGAGGGCGUCCGGAGAAGACUCCCUGCGGACCCUCUACCCGUACGUGCCCGAACUGAGCGGCUCGUACCUGAACAUGGCUCUCGCGCUGCGCUCGGCGGAGUUGCGCCAUGCGAAAAAAUUCCUGCGCGUCAACGAAUCCUCAGUGGCAGCGGCGUCCGACGAAGUUAGCGUGCCGCUGACGCUCGUCAACGCGUUCUACCUGCCCGUGUAUCACGUGAUGGUCAUCCCGGCUGCCAUACUGUACCCGCCGUUCUAUGUCGCGGGCUACCCGGCGUCCUACAACUACGGCAGCCUGGGCCAUGUCGUGGGCCACGAGAUGACUCACGCGUUUGACCCGGACCUGGGACUGUACGGCCGCGACGGCCUACGGCACAAUUGGUGGACGCCCGCCUCGCAGGAGAUGUUCGAGCGCAAACUGAGGUGCCUGCGACGCCUGUACAACGAGAUACCCUGGUCCGGAGGCGCCAACUUUGGAGAGCACGCGCUGUCUGAAAACUUCGCCGACAGCGGCGGCAUGCUCAAGGCCUACAGAGCGUACAAGGCCAGUGCCAAAGAGCGUGGAAAGGUGCCGCCGGGACUCUCUCGGUUCAGCGACGAGCAGCUGUUCUUUGUGAGCAGCUGCUUCAAGUGGUGCGCCACCGAGGAGAAGCAGAACGCCGGCCGGUACUCCCCUCCUCGCCUUCGCUGCAACGUGCCGUUGCUCAACAUGCCGGAGUUUGCGCAGGCGUUUGAGUGCGGCGCGGGCAAGGCCAUGAACCCAGCUACUCACUGCGACACAAUGUGAUUAUGCGCAACCAGAGUAUAGACACGGCGACAUGGCAAAAGAGUUGUUUCCAUUCGCAGAGACUGUUGUGACGGUCACGUGACUGUCAAUAAUUCGUUCACACACGUACUUGGAAAUUUCUCUUUUGUGUGCUUUUGUUAUUCAUGCACAUUUUAAGUGUAGAUUAUUGCGACUUAAUGACGAGCACGUGUUGAAAAGUGUGGUGUACAUUGUGCUGGCUAGGGCCUUUUUAAAUGCAACGCACUUCGAUUUGUAUACAUAAAUGGAAGAGAAAAUUUAUUUAAUUGAGAA